AUGCUUUCAAAAGACUUAAAAGAUACAUGUAUCAUAAAUUUGGUACAGAUAUGGACAAAUCUAAAGUACCUACCCUCUUCAACUUAUGAUGCGUACUACAACGGGGUGUGUAAAUCUAAUAGAAUCGGAGAAUGGUUUACUGAGAAUAAAAUGAAUUCUAAAGAACUAAAGAAAAACUUUUGGAGAUUUAUUGCACUAUUCUUGAGGAUUCAACACGAGCUGUACGAUGAAGGCAAGUUAUCGUUCAACGCUUUCCCGAUAUAUUCACAUGGAUUAAAAUUUAUAACAUACGAUUCAAGAUGUAUUCAUGAAUUCUUAAGAAGAGUUGAUCCAAAUAACACACCUUCUACUUGGCCUGUGUUUUCUGAGAACACUACCAUGUACUGGAACCGACAUUUCACAUUACCCCGUAAGUUUGGGUAUAGUUUAUCCACAGAUGGAGUGAGUGUGUGUCUAUCUAUGAAUCGCAUUGUACAAAAGGGUCAAAAAUUAAAAUCAAAGAAGGCUAAAAAGUGCGAAGAAUCACUAGAGAACACUGCCUUUGGUAGUAAACGAAACUAUUCAAAAGUCAUAGCAGUGGAUCCUGGAGCCAAAACACCGAUAGUUACAUGUGCUCGUAAUGGAGAUGAUUUCUCGUACAAGGUCUUGAAAUAG